AUGGGCAGCUCCCUGGGUUCGCCCCAAAGAUCGUUACCUGCUCCUGCCCCCAGGUCUAGACCUCGUUCUACAUGGAUUCAACAAAACUCUGGCCCCCAAAUUCACCAGAACCUCCACACGCCCCAGAGAGUGGUGGGGACCUGGAGGCGCUCCUCCACCAGACUUCCUGCAGAUGCCACCCGGGACCUAGAUCUCUCCAGCGCCUGUAUGAAACAAUGGCUUUGGAGUUUUCACCACCCUGGAUGGACCAGCAGCUCUGUGACGGUCAAGAUUGCCCUUCCUGAGGGUAGAGCCAGCACCUUGAACUCUCUGGGAAAUGGAACCCACUCUGUGGAGGGUCCUGACAAGAGUCCAGACCCCUGUGCUAAGGAGACUGUGCUGAAGGCUCUCAGUCAAUGUAAGAAGGGGAGGAGGCGGUUUGAUGGACCACUGUGGUUCGAAGUCCCAGAGGUAAAAAACUCAAGACAGAACCCAGAGCCCAGGCCCUCAUCUGCCUUCAAACCCUGUAUAAAAAAUGGAGUGGCAGUUUCCUUUGUUCCCAAGCCAGGGCGUCUGAACCAAAGCCCCAAUAUCUAUAAGAUGGAUACUGACCUCAAGCCGAGCAUCCAUGCGGCCAUGCCAGCAGUACCAGAGCCUCAUGUGGAAAGCCGGGAGAAGAACCAGGCCUUCUGUGAUCCCUCUCUUACUCCUGUGCCCAAGAGAGGAGCUUUGGGGGUUACUUUGGUGGGCAGGGAUUCCCAGUCUACUAUGUCCAGUGACUGCUAA